CUCGGGAUGUUGGACCUGGCGGACGAGGAGGUGGUGCGCACGCUGCUCGGACACCUUCCGGUGGGGCACGUGAACGAGCGUAGCGCCAUCAAAACGCAGCACGAGAAGCAACACAGAAGGUGGUUUCAGCUCUUAAGCGCUGGUUUCAACGUUUUGCUGUACGGUUUCGGGUCUAAGAAGGCGUUGAUGGAGGAUUUCGAGAGGCGAUACUUUCUCGACGGCGGCGUCAUCGUCGUCAACGGUUUCUUCCCUUCGCUCACGCCUAAGCAAGUCGUCGCCGCGGCGGCGGCGGCGCUGUCGGAUGAAAGCACCGAAGUAGGCGCGAAUGCGCCCACUGAAGUGCUUCUCGCGCAGAUUCAAAGUGCGACGCGCGGAUCACCGACGUGCGAACCCAGGCGUCUUUACAUCGUCUUGCACAACAUCGACGGUCCGCAGUUGCGCACGAGCGAGGCGCAGGCGCUUCUUGGCGAGCUUGCGUCCAUGGAUCGCGUGCACCUCAUAGCAAGCAUCGACCACAUCAACGCACCGUUGCUCUGGAGCAAACGCGAAGCGGCGCGUUUCAAUUGGGUGUGGCAAGAGGCGGCGACGUUUGCGCCGUACGCGCUCGAGACGGCGAAUCUUCCGCAACUCCUCGCGUCCAAGGGCGAAGAGCGUCACGUCAGAGGCGCCGCCAACGUCUUGCGUUCGCUCACGCCGAACGGGCGCGCCAUUUUCCGCCUUCUCGCCGAGCACCAGCUCGAAAACGAAGACUCCCAAGGCCGUCCUCUCGACGUCUUUUACGCCGCCUGUCGCGAGCAAUUUCUCGUCUCCUCCGAAGUCACCCUGCGCGCGCACCUCACCGAGUUCACCGACCACGAGCUCGUCCGCAGCAAGCGCGGUCACGACGGUCGAGAUUUACUCUCCAUUCCCCUCCACGCCGACGCCUUGAAAGAGCUCUUAGCCGCCUUA